AACCCCGAAAAUCCUUACUUUCAACUUUCUUCUUCAGAGAUGCAAUUUCUUUUCUUUUUACCACCCAAAGCUCCCUUUGUAUUGAUUGGUGAAGAGAGUGGGGUUUGUCUUGAUUUCAUCGAUUAUGCAGUUACCCAUAUGUCGAAACUUGUUGCUACUCAAGAAUUCAUUGGUUCCAACUUUGGCACCUUCAAAACCAACCACUACAGUUGCUGCUGCCCUCGUUUCUUCGUUUCAUUCUACGCCUGUUACAUGUGAAAAAUGGAAGAGCAAAUGGAAUUUUGAUGAAAGAAGUAAACAACAAACAACUAAGAACUACAUAAGAUAUCCUGUACAUCAAAAGCGUGCUGACACAAAGACAUCUCUAAAACUUCUUUUACACAAUAGCGGUUGCUCAAAGGUUUCAUUCCAGGAUAUCGAUAAAGAGAUAACUGAAUUGAAAAUGUUGGUAAGUACGCGAGGAAGGGUGGUGGCUACGGAGUUUUUAAAGCAGUUUCUUUAACCGAUUCGAUAUUAGUAUUAGUAUCAUAUCUGAAUGAAUAUGGGGUUCAUUGCCCACAAUUGUGAUCCCCUGUAGAUCAGUAGCCACUGAUAGGUAUACUUGAUCAAACGAAGACAAUUGUGAUCCCUGAGCUUCAUGCUAUUUCAGUGGGCUUCCUAUCAAAAUCUGACUUUCUUUCUCAUUGGGCUUAGCUUUUCUUUUUCCUAACCUUUUUAAGGGUAAACUACACCAUUCAUCACUGA